AGCACUACCCCUAUCCUUACAGGAUCCGGGUUGUGACAGCUAGUGUAUUCCCCAGAACUUCAAAAUAUGCAAAUUAGACAUGGCAGAAAUUGCAGUAAACUACCUACUUGACAAGCUCAAGAACUUUCUAGAGGAUGGGGUUCAAGUCUUGGGAGGUGCCGAGGAAGAAGUUAAUUCGGUGAAGAGACAAGUGGAGUACAUAACGGCAUUCCUGAGGGUUGCAGAUUCCCUAGAAGAGAGUGAUGAGGAAGUCGAAAUUUGGGUGAAGCAGCUGAGAGAAAUCGCAUAUGACACUGAAGACGCUCUUGAUGAGUUCAAACUUCUGCUGGCGCAUGAUCAUGGAAUUGGUUUUCCCGGGCUUCUCUCCAAGUUGUCCUGCUGUAUCAAGAACAUGAAAGGUCGAUACCGAAUUGCUUCGGAGAUGAAAUCCAUCAACUCCAGAAUCAGGAACAUAUAUGAUGGACCCUGGAGAGUCCGAGACAAAUUAAAUAAAGUCGAACAUCACUAUGGCUCUAGUAAGCCAGACCACACAUGGCAGGACCAGCGAGGUAAUGCCCUUCUUUUGGACAAAGCUGAGCUCGUGGGCAUCAAUGAACCGACAAAAAAACUGGUCAGCUGGCUGAUUGAGGGCGCAUCCAUGCGGGAAGUAAUCUCAGUAGUGGGGAUGGGAGGACUGGGGAAAACUACAUUAGUGAAGCAAGUUUACGAAGAUCCAGAAGUGAAGAAACAUUUCAUGGUACGUGCUUGGAUAACUCUUUCUCAAUCUCCAAAUAUAGAAGAGCUCCUCCAAGGCAUGGUUCGACAAAUUAUGAGGGAGACUGAAGAACCAGUUCCUCCUCCAGAGGACAACAAGGACAGGUUAUGCCAGAGGAUGAUUAUCAAGGACUUGCUACAAAAAGCAAGGUAUCUGAUCGUUGUGGAUGAUGCAUGGCGAUUAAAUGAAUGGGAUGCGAUCAAACAUGUGUUCCCUAACAACACCUGUGGCAGCCGAAUAAUCAUCACAUCUAGGAAUUCUGAUUUAGCACGUACCUCGUGCGGGGAAUUCAGAGGGAUGGUUUACAAGAUGAAGCCACUGCCAGCUAUACAGUCAUGGAAGCUUUUCUGCGCAAAGACAUUUCAGGGGAACCCAUGCCCUCCUCAUCUAGAGGAGACCUGUAGGCUUAUUCUAAGAAAGUGCGAGGGGUUGCCACUUGCUAUUGUGGCCAUCAGUGGUGUUUUGGUUUCAAAAGACACGAGAAAAAAGGAGGUAUGGGAUCUGGUCUGUCGCAGUCUUCGUAGUGAAAUCAAUUGCAAUGACAAAUUCAGAACCUUAAAGAGAGUCCUUUCACUCAGUUUUGAUGACCUGCCGUACUACUUAAAGUCCUGUUUCCUGCACUUGAGCGUGUUUCCCAAGGGUUGCAUUAUUGACUGUGGGAGAUUAAUUCGAUUAUGGAUUGCAGAAGGAUUUGUAGACAAGAAAGAAGGCAUGACGGAAGAAGAAGUAGCCUAUGACUACUUAAAUGAGCUCCUGAACAGAAGCCUGAUAGAGGUGGCUGUUAAAGCAAACGAUGGAAGGAUGAAGUAUCUCCGUAUCCAUGAUUUUCUGCUGGAUAUUAUUACUUCUAAGUCAAGCAACCAAGGCUUUGCAGAAACAGCCAUAGAAAAACAUCAAAAAUGGCCAGAUAAAGUUCGUCGCCUAUCUAUACAGACCAGCCUGCAAACUAUGCAACAGAAAAGGUCAUUGUCUCAACUACGUUCUUUAUACAUGUUUGGGGUAGAGAAAUCUUCGGCGGUUGCUGUUCUAGGUAGUGUCAUGAGACUGCUCACUGUUCUGGACUUGCCAGCAGCUCCUUUGACAAGGUUCCCAGCUCAAGUUGCUGAGUGGUGCUACCUGAGAUAUCUAAGUUUCAGGUACAGCAAGGUGAGAACCGUUCCAUAUUCCAUAGGGAACCUUCAAAACCUAGAGACCCUAGACCUUAAACAGACAUAUGUCACAGAAUUACCAGUUGUGAUCUUGAAGCUCCAACGACUUCGCCAUCUACUCGUAUAUCGUUAUGCAAACAUAGGCUACCCAUGGUGUAAGUCUGGCUUCAAGUCCCCAGAAGGAAUAGGGGCUCUACAGUCCCUCCAAAAGCUCUGCUUCAUGGAAGCAAGUGACAGGAGAAACAACAGCUUAAUGAGGGAGCUUGGAAAGCUGAAAGAAUUGAUUAGGUUAGGCAUCACGAAGUUGAGAAAAGAAGAUGGAAGGGAACUGUGCUCGUCCAUUGAAAAGUUAACAAAGCUUCAAGCAAUAUCUCUAACUUCGGUCAAUAAAAAUGAGAUUAUUGAUCUACAAGAGCUCUCGUCUCCACCUCCAUUUCUCCAGAGGAUAUACUUGACAGGACGUCUGGAGGCAUUGCCACAUUGGAUAUCAUCUCUUGAUAGCCUAACGGUAUUGCACCUGAGAUGGAGUCAGCUACAGGAUAGUCCACUGUUGUCUCUCGGGAAUUUGCCUAAUCUUGUGUGUCUCGAGUUGCUUCAGGUUUAUGAGGGAACCAAGUUGUCUUUCAAAGCCAACGACUUUAUGAAGCUACAGUAUCUGGUCCUUGGUCCUUUUGACAAACUCAAAUGCGUGGAAGUGGAGAAGGGAUCAAUGCCUUGUCUUGAGGAGCUGGUUAUUGAGGGUUGUAAGCCAUUGGAGAAGCUUCCAUCUGGUAUUGAGCACCUGGGAAAGCUGAAAGUGCUGAAGUUUGUUGACAUGCCUGAUGAGUUCGUGAAGAAACUUAUGCCAGAUGGACAAGAAGAUUAUUACCUGAAAGUGGCCCAUGUUCCAGAAGUAUAUUACGGUUACCGGAGAGAUGGGGGAUGCGACUUCGUGCCCACCAAGGCCUUUGUGUGA